AUGUCAGCCUCAAACUACAAUACCCCUCCGUGGGCCGAUGCCUACGCUUCGGGCCAUGGCUCUCUUUGCGAGAGGCCGAGCCCUUUAAGAAUUGUGAAAUAUGACAGCAACAAGAACAAGGAUAUGCGGCAUACAAUGGAUCAACCAAGGUGCGGUAGCGCCAAACAUAGGCAGACAGUUCAGGGAGACGGAACACUCACAGUGGCCAAGAGGCGAAAGGUUGACCCAGAACGAAUGGCUCCAGACAAAGAGAAUUUGGGUAUCCUUCAGCAUGACCAGAUUCUGAAAGAAAAGGGUAGCCAAAGCAUGUACGAGGCCAACCACUGGGCACAACAUGAUAGAUUAUCUCCACGUCCCGAGGCCACACCGUUGUCCCAGCUAUCCGUCAAGAAAACAAGGCAAACACACACCUACGCGAGGGCACCGUUCGAACAGAGUUACCCAUCGCUAUCUUUAUCUGCCAAUACUUUAUCUGCUGCAUAUUACACGCGCCGUCCUGUGAAGGCGCGCCCGCCUUUGACCAACAUAUAUGACGGGGCCACUAUGUUUGAAGAAGAGGCAAAGCCGAUACUUCAUAUAACAGACCAAGAAGAGAUACUCUUACGCCCCAAUGAACGCCCUAACAAAUCGACAGCGAUCUUCAAUGGCACGAGACAGCCGAGGCUAGUGCAUUUGAUAACGCCGCAUGUCAGCAUCACACCGGAGGUGACUGCUCUUGAGAAGGGUUGUCACUUGUUUUGGGCAGCGAUCGAAAUUUCCGUUGCGCCUUGGCUUUCUCCUGGGAAGAUGGACCGAUCUGAAAACCACGGAGAGCAGCCUGGUCUAUCCACGGAUCUAGCUUGGUUACCAAAUCAUGACCAAGAGAUAGAAGACACACUCGAAGCUGGCGGUCUCUUUGAUAUGAACAUAGAGGUCCUUCCAACAGAAGAUUCAUCGAUUGUGCGCGUUCUUUGCGAGCAAAAUUUCCCCAUUAAACGAAUGGGCACGGGAUCAAGCGUUUUUCUUCUGGUACAAGUGCAAGUUCAUGUUGCAAGGGACAUACGAAAAGGGAGGCAAGCGUGCUCCCAGUAUGAUUCCGACUGCCUUAUAGAAGCGCUCGAAGCGGAGCUUGGUGAUUCAACCGUCAGCUACAUGACGGGUGUCACAAAUGCGAGAGAGGCAGUGAGGCAGAUUGCAGCUAUGAACCACGCCCUCAAGGAUCCAAAGCAAGUGCCCUGGUUGAUAGAAAGCCAAACGAAGGAUGUUGUACCAAUAACAUCUUUGCAGACGACUUUGGAUAACAAACCUACCCCUCUUAUCCCUGUGAGAAAUGCAAGUCUUCAGCGCAGUCACAAAGAGAACAGACUUAAUGAUGCUAUGACGGCCUCUUGUUCCCACCAUGAGGCAAGACUAAAAUCAUCCAGAUGUGCCAGUUAUGUGUCGACCUCUGUAUCGAAGCAGAGCUACGAGGGUCCGCUGGCAAUGAGGAGUGCCAGGGGUACAGGGACGAACAGUUCAGCUUCUACACAAUCAAGAGAAGCAGAAUACACAGGCGGUGAAGUUGAUGCCUGCGAUACUAAGGGUAGAAGAACCUUUUCAGGUAGAUCCGACAGCAGUGUGCUAUGGAAGAGGCGGUCCCUUGGGGCCGAGACUCUCAGGGGCCUGUUUCCUCUAAUGACGGGCCUGUCAGCAGCAACCCGGAAUCAGGGGACUGAGCGAGGACCUUCGCGGGAUGCAGAAGAAUCUCGACCAUUGUCACCAACGCGCAGCAGAGGCAAAAAGGACGCAAGCAGAUGGGGAUGGGUGACAUGGUUCUAG